AUGUCACCACCUGAGCGACGCUCGUCGAUCGACGCGACCAUGUUCCCGACGAUCAUGGACACGAUCAUCAGCCAUGCCGAUCGGCCUACGCGGUUCGCAGUCCGCGCCACCUCCAAGGAGCACCGGGACCGCGUCGAUGCCGCUCUUUGCGCCCACCUCUCUCUCUUCGCUGACGGGCGUAUCUCUCUCACCAUGUCGGACGGACAGACUGUACCUUGCGUUCGCGCCGUUGCGCCGGGGGGCGAACGCGUCCCCGGUCUCAAGUGGAGCGCGUAUGAGGCAGAGGAGAGGGAGCGAUUCCUAGCCCUGUUAAGGCACACACGCGUUCUUGAGCUCGAGGGCCGCGCUGGGCUUCAUUCCGUCGGCCACUUCCUCACUGGCGUGAGGACGGUACGUUGUCGCAGUGGACGGGAGAGCCACCAUCCCCUCCCGUUUGCUUAUUCAACCCUCGAGAGCGAGAUCACGCUGCAGUGCCAACCGGAUAUCGGCAUUGGGGGGAUGCGGUGGCGCCAGCCGCCAGUUGCAGAGGCCGCACUCGCUCCGUCGCUUGGUAACAGCCAUGUAUGGCGCGUGACAGUCCGGUUCGACCCCGAGGAGCCAGGGCUUAGUGGCGCGCGUAUUGGUCUUCGGGCACCGACGAGCGUGCGGCACGUAAUGCUCGAUUUCCGGCCGCUGGAGCCAGGAGAGCUUCGCCGCUCGCGUGACGCGGCGCACGAACCUCGAGAGCUCGGCAUGCUCGCUGAUGUCAUCGCUAUGGCCGCCCACUGUAUCGACCGAGCACACUUUACCAUUGCCCUCGAUGCACGCAGGUUUGACCCUGCGUGGGUCAGCUGGCCGCGCGACGAGAUGGCGGCCGGGGAACUCAAGGGCGCAGUGUACCGCGCGGUCCGGCGGGUGGCAAGUGACGUGAUUGGGGACCCGGACGGGAUCGAGGCCGCCAUGCGUCGGUUCCGGUUUGAGAGCGAGCUCGCGGACCAUGAGCCCAAGGCAAUGCUCUAG